AUGGGAAUCAACAGUCCUUUACCUGUCCGACUACCUGAAGAAACCAAGAAAGCAGCAAAGAUCCUCCGUUCAUUCGUCGAUGGGCAAAACAAUGGAUUGGACAAAGUCAUACCUCAUACCGUACUUGAAAAAGCGGAAGGUUUUGCGAUUUUCACUGUUGUCAAAGCUGGGUUUCUUUUCAGUGCUAGGGCGGGGAGUGGGGUAGUUAUUGCUCGUACACAAGAUGGAUCAUGGAGUCCUCCUAGCGCUAUCGGUCUUGGUGGUGUAGGUUUUGGUGGGCAAGCAGGAGCAGAAGUGACGGAUUUUGUCAUAGUGCUCAAUUCCAAGUCGGCAGUGACGAGUUUCAUGUCUGCUGGGAGUCUCACGCUAGGGGGCAAUCUCUCUAUCGCCGUAGGUCCUCUUGGACGUAAUGCCGAAGGUUCCGGUACCGUCAGUGCCAAAGGUAAAAUCGCAGCCAUGUAUUCAUAUUCCAAGACCAAAGGUUUAUUCGGUGGUGUUUCCGUCGAAGGAUCCGUCAUUGUUGAAAGACAAGAUGCCAAUCGUUUAGCUUAUGGUGGUUCACCCAGUGCAAAACAAAUCCUUUCUGGAGCUUUCGAUCCACCCGAUUGGGCACAAUGUCUGAUAGAAGAAUUACAACGUGCCACAGGUGCAAUUUCAGGUCAACAAUGGCGUGAUAUGGAUCAUGAAGGUGAAGGAGGUGGAAUGAGUGUUAUACCUCCUGGAAUUGGAAAUAGAAGUAGAUCUGGUUCAAAUACUGGAUCAGGUUAUGUAUUCGGAGAAGGAAUAGGAGCUAUGGGUACUGGUAAAACCAGAAGUCGAUCAGGAAGUUUAUUAUCGAAUCAUUCUGAAAGAGAAAGGAAUCCAGCUAGGAUUAGAGCAAAUGAUUAUAUGCCUAGAAGAGGAAGUGUUUUAAAUCCUUUUUCGAACGGUUCACCAAAGAAAAAUGUCGUAUCGUCAAGUAGCGAACAAUAUAAUGCUGGUUUAACAUGGGAUUCGGAUGGUCCUAUGGUACCUGUUACAAGACCUAGGGGAUUAUCGAGUUUGAGAAAUAGUGAUAGACCCGAUGAUCAAAUCAACGUGUUUAAAGAUAUAUCAACAUCGACAUCAAAAAUGACUUCUCCAACUUUUCCUUCAAAUCAUUUCAACGUCAAAACCAACGUUAACACCAACGUUAACGGCUCUAAUCCCAAAAACAAUCCAAAUCUCGGGGAACUCACAAGUAAUAUCGGAUCAACUCCAAUGAAAGGAUAUAGGAAUGGAUUCAGUUCAACGGAAUCCAAUGGAGAUCUAAUCGGAACCGGAAGUGAGAAUUCCGAAGGAGAGAAAGAUUUAUUAGGUCAUUGGGAUUCAAACGGUGAUGGUUUAACAACUUCAUUCGAUAAAUUAUCAAUGGGUCUUGGUCAAAGAAGUAGAAGUAAUUCACGUCCACCUUUACAAGAUUUACAAGAAGAUACUACGGAUUUGUUAGGUUCUCCAAAUAGAGGCAAACCUCGUAUGGAAAAAGAAAGGGGUUUGUCGAAUCGAGGUUCACCUAGUAGAUUAACUAAAAAAGUUUCGGGAAGAAUGAAAGAAUAUCAAGAAACUUCCAUAGAACAUGAUCCUUUUUCACUCAGAGGGAUCGAUAGAAAUCCAGGAAUAACAGGAGAAUGGGAUAAAGAUAAAGAUGGUUUUUCUUCUUCUUCACCAGAAAGAGAAGGACAAUACGAUAUGAGAAAUAAAGUCUUGGGAAAGGAUUGGGAAAUGAAACAAGAUCGAUUGUUCACAGAUUUACCGAAAAAUGAAGUAGGUGGUGAAGAUGGUUUUGCUAGAGCUAUAGCAUUAUACGAAUUCGUUCCUACCGAUCCGGGAGAUUUAGGGUUGAAACAAGGUCAGAAAAUCAUGGUUUUGGAUAAAGUCGGUCAAGGUGAAUGGUGGAGAGGUAAAGAUGAUAGAGGUAAAGAAGGUAUUUUCCCUGUUAAUUAUGUUGAAGUCGUUUUUCUUCCAAAGGAUUUAAAAGGUGGAGUGUGGAGGAGUGAGUUGAGGGCUAGGAUGGCGGAUUCUAUCUUUGCUUAA